CUGCUUAGUACACGGUGCGUCUCGCUGCGUGUGGUUCUUUUGGGUAUCGCCGAGCGACCUAGUCACUUGUUAAGCUUGCAAAUCUCAAAUCGGUUGUGUGAAACCAACACGCUUCUUAGCAUCUUUAUGUUUUCAGGGCUCACUGGCUGCUCUCUCCGACUAAUUAGCUUAGAGAUUUAGGGAACUAAGUAGCAAGCCGAGAUCGCACUGUGAGGGAAGAUGAGUUACGGUAGGCCUCCGCCCGACGUCGAGGGCAUGACUUCCCUGAAAGUGGACAACCUCACGUACCGAACUUCGCCCGAGACGCUACGCCGCGUCUUCGAGAAGUACGGACGGGUCGGCGACGUCUAUAUCCCGAGGGACCGCUACACUAAGGAGAGCCGCGGCUUCGCCUUUGUGCGCUUCCACGACAAGAGGGACGCCGAGGAUGCCAUGGACGCCAUGGACGGCGCGGUGCUGGACGGGCGGGAACUGCGCGUUCAGAUGGCACGCUAUGGAAGACCGCCGGACUCCUACUAUGGUCGCCGCAUAGGACCGCCCCGGAGCUAUUCUCCUAGCCCGCGGCGGCGAAGACGGAGUCGGAGCAGGAGCCGAUCUCGGUCCCGCAGCCGUUCGCGCUACAGCCGAUCCAGAUCCCGAUCUUACUCCCGGUCUCGUUCCCGUUCCAAGUCCCGUUCGCCCCGACGGGCCUCCAGAUCCCGUUCACCCCGAAAGCCCUCGAGGUCCCGCUCUCCUAGACGCAAUUCCAGGUCCCGGUCUCCCCGAAGAAACUCCAGAUCUCGCUCCCCUCCGAAGGAUUUGAAGGCCCAUUCACCAAGGAGACCCUCAAAGUCCAAUUCUCCACGCAAAAGCUCCAAGUCCCGUUCGCCCCAGAAGAGCUCAAAGUCUCGUUCCCCUCGCAGGAAUUCAAAGUCCCGCACUCCUCCCAGGAGCAAGUCUGCAUCCAGAUCCCGCUCCAGAUCUAAGUCAAAAUCCAGAUCAAGGAGCCGUACACCCCCUUCUAACAGGGAAUCCAAGUCCAGGUCAAGGUCCAAGAGCCCAGCAAAGUCUCCCGAGGCUGAAGGAACAGCUUCCUAAUGGAGUGAGACUGCUGCUUCCUGUUUGCAAAAAUGGAGUUUGGGGGCAGUUUGAGCAGUUAGUGUGUGACCCGCCCAUGGGCUGCCUGCUGCUGUUGGGGGUUGCUAUGGAGCAGGUCGGUCUCUGUCAGUGUUGAGGUGGUGUUGAGGUACGUCUGCAGGACAAUGGACAGAAGCCUUGCACUGUCCUCCCGGGUCAUGUGCUCAAACUUAGUGCACAGACUGAAGCAGGAGGGAACCAAGGUUUGUCUGCCUACUUGUCAGUAAUUAAAGGACAUGCCUGACAGCUUGCCGUGCUCAUUUAGAAGACUACCCCUUUAAAAAUGAAGUCUGACACCACUGGAUUGUUGCACUAAAACUUGGUUUCCGACUGUGGAAAAUGGUACAGAUAUUGGUACAAUGACUAGAAUUAUGUUUAGCAAUUAAUUGGCUCCCACAAGACUUUCCAGUUGUAACAUGGCAAUAGCCAGUUGCCACAUUUUAUUUGGCUUGAAAGUAUCAAGCAGCCUUUAAAAUCCUAUGGUAAUUGAUAGAAUAUUACCAAAGAGGUUUCCUUUGCAAUGAUCGAAUGUUCACAUUGUCUUGUCUCUUUCUAGAUUUUUCAGAUCGAGACGUCAUUGAAGACAUCACAUCAAAAGUAAUGGCCUCAGAAUGAGGACCCACCGGUUCCUCUUGAUAUGGAUAAAAAGGUUAUUAUUGUAACUCGGUCUGACUUUUUAUGAGUAUAAUUUUUGGUUUAGAAUUAAGGCUUUAUUUUGUGCCAUCUUCCAAUUUCCUGUAACUCAAUAGGAUGAACAACAUAAUGGACUUGUGUAAAUGGGAUAAAGCAAGACUUGCAAAGUGAAUGGUACAGUGCUAAGGAUUUCCAGUUAAUUCAUGCAAUAUUCAACUAGAUAGUCUAAACUAAAGUAGGUGAUUGGGCGAGGCUUAAGACAGACUUGGUAGUACCCAGGGUCUGCUUUGUUUCAUUCAGAGAAUACGGAAAAUCAACGCUUUUGCAUGCCUGUGCUGAUGUCAGAUUAAUUUUAGCUUUUGAGGAGUAAUUUGAACAUUAACUGGUAAGAGGGUGUAGCGUGGUCAGCGCAGUCUUUAUCCUGGUUAACUUAGCACUGAUUUAAAAUGCUUGCUUUAUUUGUAAAUGGUGGCUUUUGUUUUAUUGUGAUUCUAAUCUCUUCUCUUGUGUAUUUUUUGUGCACUAGGCGCAGUUUGUAGCAGUUGAGUAUUGCUGGUUAGCUGUUAAAGGUGGCGUGUGGCAGUGCAGAGUGCUUGGCUGUUUCCAGUUUUCUCCCGAUUGCUCCUGUUACGAUGCCUUGGUGUGCCGAUGUGUUUAAAUGGCUGCCACAGAUUACUUUUGGUAGGACGCCAGCUCUGAAUUUCCUGACAUUUUUUUUUCUUCCCAGUACAUUGGAAUGUAUAGUUCAGUGACCACAUCUUGCAAGUAGUUACAAACCUCUGCCCCCCCCAUAUUUUGAAAUAACUUUGCAUCACACUGAAAACAUUGUAACCGAAUUCUGUAACUUGCUAUUGGUGCAUUCCUUUACAUACUGUACUUGUAACAGCUCAUGUGAAUGCUAAUAAACUUUUUUUGGUGUAA